AUGGUACUGAUAUCAUUUGCUUGUCAUGUAGUUACUAAGAAGGCUGACCCCAAGGUGCUGGCUAACAAAGCUUCCAAGGCUGUCAAAGCUGGAGCAUCAACCAUUAAGAAGAAGGCUAAGAAUAUCUGCACAUCAGUCAUAUUUCACAGGCCAAAGACAUUGCAGAAGGCAAGGAAUCCCAAGUACCAAUAUAUUAGUGCACUACCAAGGAACAAGCUGGACCAUUACCAGAUCCUGGAAUACCCACUCACCACCGAGUCCGCAAUGAAGAAGAUCGAAGACAACAAGAAGAAGAAAACAAGGAUGCUUUCACGAAGAUGUACAACAUCCAGACAGAUAAAGUGA